AUGGGUGACGCCAUGGUGGAACCGGCUUCUUCUAAGCUCUCCAGUCAGGGGAACGGCGGGAGUCCUCUCUCGGCCAUCGCAGAGGGCGUGGCGGACAUGUCUCUGGUGAUCGACCCGGACGUGGCGCAGAAGGCGUGUCAGGACGUCCUGGAGAAGGUGAAGCUCAUGCACAGCUCCUCGGAGAACCUGGACAGCCUGGGGGACGGCGAUCACGUCCCGAACGGGGACUCGAAGGCGGGGGAGCCCACGGAGGCCGCGGCCUCCAUCACCAGCUCCAGAAUCUCCGAGGAGGACGAGGUGGACAUCAACUGCGUGAAGAACGCCCGGCGGAAGCAGAAGAACUCGGGCAAGCAGUCGUGGCUCCUGCGCCUCUUCGAGUGCAAGCUCUUCGACAUCUCCAUGGCCAUCUCGUACCUUUACAACUCCAAGGAGCCCGGGGUGCAGGCCUACAUCGGCAACCGGCUCUUCUACUUCAAGAACGAGGACGUGGACUUCUACCUGCCGCAGCUCCUCAACAUGUACAUCCACAUGGACGAGGACGUGGGCGACGCCAUCAAGCCGUACGUGGUCCACCGCUGCCGGCACAGCAUCAACUUCUCCCUGCAGUGCGCCUGGCUGCUCGGGGCCUACUCCUCGGACAUGCACAUCUCCACCCAGCGCCAUUCCCGGGGCACCAAGCUGCGCAAACUCAUCCUCUCCGACGAGCUCAAGCCGGCUCACAAGAAGCGCGAGCUGCCCCCGCUCAGCCUGACCCCGGACACCGGCUUGUCCCCGUCCAAGAGGACCCAUCAGAGGUCCAAGUCCGACGCCACCCCGCCAGCAUCAGCAGCUCAGCAGCAACCUGAAGAGGACGGCGAGCAACCCCAAGGUGGAGAACGACGACGAGCCCGUCAGACUGGCCCCGGAGCGGGAGUUCAUCAAGUCUCUCAUGUCUAUCGGGAAGAGGCUUGCCACCCUGCCCACCAAGGAGCAGAAGACUCACCGGCUCAUCUCCGAACUGUCCCUGCUGAACCACAAGCUGCCGGCCCGCGUCUGGCUGCCCACCGCCGGCUUCGACCACCACGUGGUGCGCAUCCCUCACACGCAGGCCGUCGUGCUCAACUCCAAGGACAAGGCUCCAUAUUUGAUCUACGUGGAGGUUCUUGAGUGUGAGAACUUCGAGACAUCUAUGGUCCCGACCCGCAUUCCCGAGAACCGCAUCCGCAGCACGCGCUCGGUGGAGAAUCUUCCGGAGUGCGGCAUCACUCACGAGCAGAGAGCCAGCAGCUUCACGACGGUGCCCAAUUACGACAACGACGACGAGGCCUGGUCGGUGGACGACAUCGGCGAGCUGCAGGUAGAGCUUCCCGAACUUCACACCAACAGCUGCGAUAACAUCUCCCAGUUCUCUGUGGACAGUAUCACCAGCCAGGAGAGCAAGGAGCCCGUCUUUAUCGCUGCCGGGGACAUCCGGAGGCGACUGUCGGAGCAGCUGGCACACACCCCCACCACGUUCCGCAGAGACCCGAGGACCCGUCCGCUGUAGCACUGAAGGAGCCCUGGGAGGAGAAAGUCAGGAGGAUCCGCGAGGGCUCCCCCUAUGGUCACUUUCCCAACUGGAGGCUUCUCUCGGUCAUCGUGAAAUGUGGAGACGACCUGAGGCAGGAGCUGCUGGCCUAUCAGGUCCUCAAACAGCUGCAGUCCAUAUGGGAGACGGAGCGUGUUCCUCUGUGGAUCCGGCCAUACAAGAUCCUGGUGAUCUCGGCGGACAGCGGUAUGAUAGAGCCGGUGGUCAAUGCCGUGUCCAUCCAUCAGGUGAAGAAGCAGUCCCAGCUGUCUCUUCUGGAUUAUUUCCUCCAGGAACACGGCAGCUACACCACCGAAGCCUUCCUGACCGCGCAACGCAACUUCGUACAGAGCUGUGCCGGGUACUGCCUGGUCUGCUACCUUCUGCAGUCAAAGACAGG